ACGUUUGGGAAUCACCCGCUCGUAGCUCGAUUCCUCAAAGGGGUUUUUGAGUUGAGGCCAUCACUACCCAAAUACAACCGCAUUUGGGAUGUCAGUAUUGUCCUAGAACACCUUAAAACUUUAGAGCCUGUAUGUAAUUUAGGCCUUAAAGCGCUAACGUUUAAGUUGACGAUGCUACUUUGCCUUCUUACUGGCCAAAGAUGUCAAACCUUAUCUAAAUUAGACACAACACUAAUGCAGAAAUUACCCGGCAAGUAUGUCUUUACGAUUGGCGCUAAACUUAAGACAACUAAACCAGGUAGACACAUCGAUCCCAUUGAACUGACGGCCUUUACGCCCGAUAUCAACCUCUGUGUCGUCACACACCUUGAUCAGUAUCUCAUCAAGACAGAACAGCUCAGAGGUUCCACUUCCAAGCUACUCAUCAGCUACGUCAAACCC